ACAAAAAGGACAAAGUUCCUCCUUCUAAAACUCGUCAGAAUGGAGUGCAGAGCAAAGUUCAGAGGAAACAGCCAGAACCAGAACCAGAAUCCAGCUGUGUAUCUCUAAAGAGCAGUGCUUCAAAGGACAUGGGUAUUGAUCUUAAGUCAUCAGCUGAAAGGAAAACACCAGAACCAAGACCAGAACCCAGCUGUGUGUCUUUUAAAAGUGAUGCUUCAAAGGACAUUGGUAUUGAUCUUAAGUCAUCAGCAGAAAGGAAACGAACAGGGCCAGAACCAGGACCAGAACCCAGCUGUAUGUCUUAUAAGAGCAAUUUUUCAAUGGACAAGGGUAUUGAUUUUAAACCAGCAGUAGAAAGGAAACAACCAGGACCAGAACCCAGUUGUGUGUCUUAUGAGAGCAAUUUUUCAAUGGACAUGGGUAUUGAUUUCAAGUCAUCAGCAGAAAGAUUGGACCAACAGAACUCAGAGGUUCCCACUGAUUCGUCUGCACAGCAGCAUCAAACACAGCUGGACUCCAUAUUUAUGCUGCUGGAGGAAAACAUUGUCACUUUUGUGAAGGACGAGCUGAAAAAGAUACGGAUGGCCCUGAGUUCAAAAGACUCAGAAUUUGAGAGUCAGAAGGAGGAUGAGGAGAUAUUGGAGGAUGAGGAUGAAGAGCAAAGGAGAAACAGCAAAGACGCGUUAGUGAAGAUCACCCUGAACUUCCUGAGGAGGAUGAAGCAGGAGGAGCUGGCUGAACGUCUGCAGAGCAGAUCUUCUGUUAUGUGCAUGUUUAACUUAAAAUCUUCCCUGACGAAGAAGUUCCAGUGUGUGUUUGAGGGAAUUGGUAAACCAGGAAGUCCAGCCCUCCUGAACCAGAUCUACACUGAGCUCUACAUCACAGAGGGAGGAACUGGAGAGGUCAACCAGGAACAUGAGGUCAGACAGAUUGAAACAGCAUCCAGGAAACCACACAGACCAGAAACAACAAUCAGACGAGAAGACAUCUUUAAAGUCCAACAUGGAAGACGUCAACCAAUCAGAACAGUGAUGACAAAGGGAGUGGCUGGCAUUGGGAAAACAGUUUUAACACAGAAAUUAACUCUGGACUGGGCUGAAGGCAAAACCAACCAGAACAUCCAGUUCAUAUUUCCAUUCACCUUCAGAGAACUGAAUGUGCUGAAAGAGAAAAAGUUCAGCUUGGUGGAACUUGUUCAUCACUUCUUUACUGAAACCAAAGGAAUCRGYARCUUUGAACAGUUCCAGGUUCUGUUCAUCUUUGAUGGYYUGGAUGAGAGUCGACUUCCWCUGGACUUCMACAACAAGGAGAUCCUGACUGAUGCUACAGAGUCCAGCUCAGUGGAUGUUCUGCUGACAAACCUCAUCAGGGGGAAACUGCUUCCCUCUGCUCUCCUCUGGAUAACCACACGACCUGCAGCAGCCAAUCAGAUCCCUCCUCAGUGUGUUGGCAUGGUGACAGAGGUCAGAGGGUUCAMUGACUCCCAGAAGGAGGAGUACUUCAGGAAGAGAUUCAGAGAUSAGGARCAGGCCARMAKGAUCAUCUCCCACAUYAAGACAUCACGAAGUCUCUAUAUUCUGUGCCACAUCCCAGUCUUCUGCUGGAUCACUGCUACAGUUCUGGAGGAUUUGUUGGAAACCAACAAAAGAGCUGUACUCCCAAAGACUUUGACUGAGAUGUACAUCCACUUCUUGGUGGUUCAGACCAAAGUGAAGAAGGUUAAAUAUGACGGAGGAUCUGAAACAGAUCCACACUGGAGUACAGAGAGCAGGACGAUGAUUGAGUCUCUGGGAAAACUGGCUUUUGAUCAGCUGCAGAAAGGAAACCUGAUCUUCUAUGAAUCAGACCUGACAGAGUGUGGCAUCGAUAUCAGAGCAGCCUCAGUGUACUCAGGAGUGUUCACACAGAUCUUUAGAGAGGAGAGAGGGCUGUACCAGGACAAGGUGUUCUGCUUCGUCCAUCUGAGUGUUCAGGAGUUUCUGGCUGCUCUUCAUGUCCAUCAAACCUUCAUCAACUCUAGUGUUGAUCUGAUGAACGAAGGUCAAACGUCCAAGAAAGUCUUAAAGUAUCCAAAGUUAACUCAGCUCCACCAGAACGCUGUGAACAAGGCCUUACAGAGUCCAAAUGGUCAUCUGGAUUUGUUUCUUCGCUUCCUUUUGGGUCUUUCGCUGCAGACCAAUCACACUCUCCUAAAAGGUCUGAUUUUACCGACUGAAAGUACAACCAGUCAGGAAUCAGCCCAGUACAUCAGGAAAAGAAUUGGUGAGCAGCUCUCUGUAGAAAACAGCGUCAACCUGUUCCACUGUCUGAAUGAACUGAAUGACCAGUCUCUGGUUGAAGAGAUUCAACAAUCUCUGAGAUCAGGAAGUCACUUCAAAGAAAAACUGUCUCCAGCUCAGUGGUCAGCUCUGGUCUUCAUCUUAUUGUCAUCAGAGAAAGAUCUGGAUGAGUUUGACUUGAAGAAAUAUUCAGCUUCAGAGGCGGCUUUUCUCAGGCUUCUUCCUUUGGUCAAAGUCUCCAAAAAAGCUAUACUGAGUGGUUGUGAGCUCUCAGAGCGAAGCUGCAAAAUGUUGGCACCAGUCAUAGGCAAUCAUUGGUCAAGGCUUCGAGAGUUAGACCUCAGUAAUAAUAAACUGAUGGAUUCAGGGGUGAAGCUGUUGUGGUCUGAACCAGAGAAUCAACACCUUCAAGUGGAAGCUCUCAGACUUAGCUUCUGUAACCUGACUGAGAAAAGUUGUCAGAGUUUGGCUUCAGUCCUCAGCUCUCAGUCCUCCAGCCUCAGAGAGCUUGACCUCAGCAACAAUGACCUGCAGGACACAGGAGUGAAGCUUCUGUCUGAUGGGCUGAAGAGUCCACACUGUAAACUGGAAACAUUAAGGCUGUCAGGCUGUCAGAUCGCAGAGGAGGGCUGUGUUUCUCUGGUGUCAGCUCUGACCUCUGACCCCUCCUGUGUGAGAGAGCUGGACCUCAGCUACAACAAUCCAGGAGAGGAAGCAGUGAAGCUACUGACAGAAAGACUGGAGGAUCCACGUUGUGGACUGGAUACUCUCAGUUUGGAGCCUGUUGGUGUCCGAUGGUCACAGAAAGAUCUGAGGAAGUAUUCCUGUCAACUCACAAUUGACACAGACACAGUGAACGGAAGACUGAAACUGUCUGACAACAACAGGAAGGCGACACGUGUGGAGGGGCUCCUGUCAUAUCCUGAACAUCCAGACAGAUUUGAUGUUAAUCAGCUGUUGUGCAGAAAUCGUCUCACUGGUCGUAGUUACUGGGAGGUGGAGUGGAGAGGAGAUGUCCGAUUAUCAAUGAGUUACAGAGCAAUGAGAAGGAAGGGAGGCAGUGAAGACAGUCUGUUUGGGUUUAACAAUCAGUCCUGGAGUCUGAGCUGCUCUGAUCGUGAUGGUUACACUGCCUGGCAUAAUAAGAAAGUGACUCGCAUCUCGUCCUCCUCUGUCUCUCACAGAGUAGCCGUGUAUGUGGACUGUCCUGCUGGCAUCCUGUCCUUCUACAGAGUCUCCUCUGAUUCACUGAUCCACCUUCACACAUUCAACACCACAUUCACCGAACCUCUCUAUCCAGGAUUCACAUUGUGUAUUAAUUCCUCAGUGAUUUUGUUACACAUAUAAAGAGCUUGUGUCUUCUAAACACUAACAAAUUGAAAUACUCUAAAAACCCUAAAUUAAUUUAUCUUGGAUGAGAGGCGUAGCAAUAAUAAUCCUCCCUAGCACUACAUAUUGCAUCAAGCACAUGGUGAUUUGGAGCAGCUACUGAAAUGCAUCAACAUUGGCUUGCAAAAGUUUUCACACCCCUUCAACGUUUCCAUAUUUUGCCACAUUACAAACAUAAAUUUCACUGGAGUUUAAUGUGAAAGUUUAACACAAAGUGGUUUACAAUUGUAAAGUAGAAAGAAAAUUAUCCAUGAGUCAAAACAUUUUACUAAUAAACUGAAAAGUGUGGUUUGCAAAAGUAUUCAUCCCUCUAAACAGAUUACUAAACAGAGUCCAGCUGUGUGUGAUCUGAUCUAAUCUCAGUACAAAUCCAGCUGCUCUGUGGAUUCAGAGAAAACAGCAACAUGAAGUCCAAGGAACAUGGCAGAGAGGUCAGGGAGAAAGCUGUGGAGAAGUUUAAAGCAGACUUAGUCAAUGAAAAGAUUUCUCAAGCUUUGAACAGAACACUGUUCAAUCCAUCAUCUGGAGAUGGAAAGAGUUUGGUCCAAUUAUAAACCGUCUAGCUAAACUUCCAGCAGAACAAGGAAAGCACAGAUCAGAGAUGCAGCCAAGAGGCCAUGUUGACUCUGGGCCAAACCAAUCUGUCCACAGGAAAAACUAUUAGUUAGUUGGUCAGAGCAGAACCAAACUAAACGUUUUGGCCAAAACACUAUGAGAACUAAUGCUGCAUGUCACUGAACACACCAUCCACACUGUCAAACGUGGUGGUGGCAGCAUCAUGCUCUGAGGAUGCUUCUCUUCAGCCGGGACAGGGAAGAUGGUCAGAGUUGAUGGGAAGAUGGACAGAGCCAAACACAGAAUAAAAAGACUAGAGCGGAGGUGAAGCUUGCAGCAGGACGACCACCCUGAACAUAGAGUCAGGAUACAAUGGAGUGGUUCAAAACAAAACAUAUUUGUAUGUUGGAAUGGCCCUGUCAAAGUCCAGCCCUUAAGUCAACUGAGAAUCUGUGGCAACAUCUGAAAACUGCAGUUCACAAAUGCUCUCCAUCUAAUCUGACUUAGCUUGAUCUGUUUGGAAAAGAAGAAUGGGGAAAAAUACUUCAGUCAUUAGAUGGUCAAAGCUGGUAGAGACAAACCCUAAAGACUAGCAACUGUGUUGAAACAUGUGUUUGUGCUUGUAAUGUGACAUAAUAUUGAAAAUUUCAAGGGGUAUGAAUACUUUUGCAUGCCACUGUAGGUGUAGACACUGAUAUUUACUUCCCAUUUAUUCCAUCAGAUAAUAUUGUAGGUGUUGUUUGUUGUGUGGUAUUUUUUUUCUUUGAUUUCUCAAGGAAUGUUUUUGCUUUCCAGAAGCUUUUUAUGAGAAAUGACUCCUAAAGAUCUCACUGUGUGAUCACAACCUUUCCCAAGAGUAUGCCUCUUUGCUUCCCUCCAAAUGGUUGAUUCAGUGCAGAAAGAUUUGUACAUUAAGAUUUUUCCAUCAUUACAAGAAAACUAUAAGAACAGCGAGAAAAUAACUUGGAGGACUCAGCCAUCUAAAACUAGGGCUGAGUCCAGUUUCUCUAUUUUUGCUGUAGACUGUAACAUUUAUUGCUGACAAGUUAUCCAUAUUGUAUUUAUUGAAGUUUAUCAUCUGCAGUACUGUUUCUGACCUAAACAUGGAGUUAUUUGUUGACUUGUCUUUCAGACUUGGAUGUAAAAACCUCUUGGAAAAUGUCCAAUAGUUAUGAUUUUAGAAUGAAAAUGUUAUGAGUUUAAAUUCUCUAGGAAGUUUCUACUAUUUAUUUAUGUAUUAUUUUUUAUCAGUGUGUACAAUU